AUGCACAUAAAGUGGAGUGAGAGAGAAAUGGAGGAAGAUAUUACUUUCCUGAAAUUGAUCGGCAGAGAUUAUAGAGAGAGGAUAGGAUUUGAACAAUCCAGAAAGAGAUAUCCCGAGUAUGGUAGCUUGGAUUUGAGGAGAGAAUGCAUAAAGGGUAAUGGUCGAUGUAAAAAUGAGUGUCAUGAAAAUGAAGUUAGGAUUGCUUACUGCAUAAGACCUGGAACUCACUGCUGCUUGCAGACAUAA